AUGAGUGACAGUGCAAACGAAAAAAGAAAGGCUGUAAGAGAUGCAUUCAUUCACGCAUUCAAAGGAUAUGAACAUGUUUGGGGAAAGGAUGAAUAUAGACCAGUAAGCAAAGGUUAUCAUAAUUGGAUUGCUAGCUCAAAAGGUUUUGGUAUGACACUGAUUGAUUCACUUGAUACAAUGGUUAUCAUGGGUUUGAAACAACAAUAUGAAAAAUCAUUGAAUUAUGUUAAGAAUGACAUGCCUUCAUUUUCAACAAUUAAUGGUGGAAUUAGUGUUUUUGAAACAACUAUUCGUGUUGUUGGAGGUUUUGUGAGUGCGUAUGAUUUGACAAAGGAAAAGAUCUUCCUCGAAAAAGCCAAAGAUAUGGCUGACAGAUUACUUCCUGCCUUCUCUUCACCAACUGGUAUUCCAUAUUCGGAAAUUAACUUGAAGACUGGAUCCAAAAAGACAUUUGCUUGGGCUAAUAAUUGUGCAAUUUUGAGCGAACUUGGUUCUCUUCAAUUGGAAUUCAGAAGAUUGAGUGAAUUGACUGGGGAUAUGAAGUAUCAUAAUGCUGUAACUAAGGUUAUGGAUAUCAUGGAAAGCAAAAAGCCAGACAAUGGAUUAUAUCCACUCAAAAUAUCUCCAACUUCUGGAAGUUGGUGUUCUAACUAUGUUUCUUUGGGUGCUUUGGGAGAUUCAUUCUAUGAAUAUUUAUUGAAACAAUGGUUGUUGAAUAGAGGAACAAAGGGUGCUGAAAAAUAUAGAUUCAUGUACAUGGCAACUUUGAAGGGUAUCUUUGAGAAUAUGGUUAUCAAAUCCAACCAAGGAUAUACCUAUGUUGCAGAAUACGAAGGUAGAGCUCAUCACAAGGUUGACCAUUUGGCAUGUUUUGCAGCUGGUAUGUUUGCAUUGGGUGGUUAUUUCAAUGUUUCCACUCCUGGAUUCCAAAUCUCAAAUAAGCGUCAAAUUGAAACUGGUGCUGAAUUCACAAGAACAUGUUAUGAAACUUAUGCUCAAAUGCCUUCAGGAAUUGGACCAGAAACUUUCCACUUUGACACUGCCAGCGGUAAAUUUAACCCUGGUGUCUCUACUUAUUUAUUAAGACCAGAAACAGUUGAAAGUAUUUUCAUCAUGUACAGAGUUACUGGUGAUGAAAAGUACAGAGAAUGGGGAUGGAAGAUUUUCCAAGCAAUUGAAUCAAAAUGCAAAAUUGCCUCUGGUGGUUACAGUGGACUUCGAAAUGUAGCAACACAGUCUCCAGUUCACGACGAUUUCCAACAAUCAUUCUUCUUGGCUGAAACAUUGAAAUAUCUCUAUUUAUUAUUCUCUCCAAAACAUAUCAUUCCAAUUGACAAGUUUGUUUUCAAUACUGAAGCUCACCCAAUUCGUGUUACUCCAACCAAUCAUUAA